UUGUAAAUUGUUGUAAAUGCAACGUGGAAUGCUAAUUUUCGUAUUUAGGUGCAAUUGGGUGUAAGAAUUGCAGCAAUCUCAACCAAUCAGGCGCUGGCAUAGGUCGUCCAGCGCCAAAUACGUCGAAAUUUGCCUCUAUUUUUUUGUCUUUUUCUUUUCUCGUUUUUGUCAUUUUCAAUUUCAAAAAUAAAAACAAAUAAACUUCUAAAAAAAAAUUAACCGCCCGAACAUAAUUGUAAAGAUAUCUGCACGCUUUUUCGUCAUAUCUUUAUCGUUUAUUGGAGUUAAAAUGAUUAAAAAGCGCAUUCUGAAUACAAGCCUUAUAAUAAAUAAUUUUUGGCGCUUUUUGGCGAUCGUUUGGUAACCUUUUAUUAUUAAGUUUGUAUGAUAAUUUAAGUGUGUGCCAUGCAUACGUGACUACCCCGCGUUAGAACAAAUAGAGCAUAAACUGCGCCAUCCCUAUAUAUUAUUCAUAUAAGAAACUAAGUUCAGAAAAAAAGAAUGAGAACAAUGGCCGUCAAUUAGCUUUGUUUUCCUUUUUUUUUCAUGAGUAGAAAAAGACAGAAUUGACCGACAAUUCGUGCUAUCCUUCUUCCACAGUUGGACUCACUUUCGAUUCGCGUUGCGCAAUCAUCCAUGCUUAUGUCGAUGUCUAUGGUUGCUACGCGGAGGAGAGGUUAGGUUAGGUUAGGUUAGGAUCGUAUCGGUACACGAUGUGUACUACACGUGUCUGAUGUGUCGUUCGUGCACGUCAUUGCGAAUCGCAUUCGUGCCUUGCCGGACAAUGAUGUUGAAUGCCUGAAAUCUCUCGCAAAACAAAUUCCAAUCUGCUCCAAGAAUGAGUUUUUCCGUACACGAAUCAUACGUAGCUCUAUGUAACAACGAACGUGUGAUACUACACGACGUUGACAACGACACCGAAAACGCGAUAGUCCUGCCUGAUCCGGAGAAGAAGGUGGAUACGCACAACAACGUGGACAUCGAGACUUAUCACACGACGACAUCCCUGACGUUCUCGGAGGACGGGAAAUAUUUUGCGGUGUGCACGAAUCGCAAGCAGUUGUGCCUGUACGAGACAAGAAGCUUGCGACUCCUGUCGAAUCGAACGCUCGUCAGGGCCGCGAGCAGAGUGCGGUUCUCGCCGAAUAACGACAUCGUAAUAGCGGACAAGACCGGGGACGCUUACCUGUUCUCCACCGACUGUCCGACGAAGCCUGGCACCUUGAUCCUGGGUCACUUGUCGAUGCUGCUCGACGUACUCGUCACGCACGACACGAAAUACAUCCUGACGACCGACAGAGAUGAGAAGAUACGGGUCUCCAUGUUCCCGAAUUGCUAUAACAUCGUCUCUUACUGCCUGGGACACGCAAAAUUCGUGACGAACAUCGCGGAGUUACCGCACGAGAAGAGCGUCCUGAUAUCGUGCGGCGGUGAUGGAGUCUUCAAACUGUGGAACUAUAAGCGCGGAAGUGAACUGACGUCUGUGAACUUUCGCAAUAAAAUAACGAAAUACGACAUAGAGAGAUUCAAUCAGGACCUCCGUGAUUGUAAUUAUGACGAAUCUGUAGACAUAUUGCCAGUCAAGCAUCUCAGGGUGUCUCGUCUUAGUGAAGCAGAAUCUUUAGUUGUAAUAUGCUUUUACAGUAGCAAAGUAUUGUUAGUUUAUAAAAUUAGUAGUGACGAUAAGAUGCAGUUAGAGGUGAAUUUUUUGGAAUCCUUACAUGUGGAAGUCGAACCCAUGGAAUGUCUUUUACACAAACAGGAUUUAUGGUUAUUAACAGAUGCAGGACUGCAGGUAUACAAAUUCGACAAUGUUAGAUUUAUAACGUACAGCACUCUGAAUCCUAUGAUUAAACGUCUUGAUGCAUCCUGGCAAAGUUUGAAAAAUACUAUCAUUAAACGGCACUUGUUCCCAGUGUUAUAUAAGAAGAAAUAUGACAAUGUACAGGAGUAUCAAGAGAGGAAAAAGAUUCGUCUUGCAGGCAAUACAGAUUAGAUUAUAAUAAACAUUCUUACAAAUGUUUUAAAUACAAUGAUUAUGUUCGAUAUUUUUGUAUCUUGGUAUUUAAUACCAGAAUUAUUGCAAAUAAACAUUAUAUUUGCAGUAACCAAAUGAAA